AUGCAGGUUAUUGUGCAACUACUCCGUAGCGUAAACUCGUGGCGAAAAUCGAAUCGCAACCGUUCGCCCAAACGUGACCCUCCCCUCGCCCUCGCUUUCCUUUCCCACGCUUCCGCUCUCUUUAGCCCGCGUCGUCGCCAUCGCUUCCGCAGCUCGUCGCGUGCCCGUCGCCUUCGCUCCGCCCGUCGCCUUCACUUCUCCCCCGUCGCCUUCACUCCCCCCCCUCUUCCGUUGCCUUCAUUUCCCCCUCCCGUCGCCUUCACUUCCCCCUCCCGUCGCCUUCACUUCCCCCUCCCGUCGCCUUCAAUUCCCCCUCCCGUCGCCUUCAUUUCCCCGUCGCCUUCAUUUCCCCCUCCCGUCGCCCUCAUUUCCCCCUCCCGUCGCCUUCACUUCCCCCUCCCGUCACACUCGCUUCCCCACCCGUCACCUUCACUUCCCCUCCCAUUGCCUUUCACUCUCUCCUGCUCAAUCUCUUUCCCCCUGCUCACUCUCUUCCCCCCUGCUCACUCUCUUCCCCCCUGCUCACUCUCUUUCCCCCUGCUCACUCUCUUCCCCCCUGCUCACUCUCUUCCCCCCUGCUCACUCGCUUCCCCCCUCCUCAAUCUCUUCCCCCCUGCUCACUCUCUUCCCCCCUGCUCACUCUCUUCCCCCCUGCUCACUCUCUUCCCCCCUGCUCACUCUCUUCCCCCGUGCUCACUCGCUUCCCCCCUCCUCAAUCUCUUUCCCCCUGCUCACUCGCUUCCCCCCUCCUCAUUCUCUUUCCCUCUGCUCACUCCCCUUGUUCUAACCCCACUUUCCCCAUUUCUCACCCAUUUUCCCCCUUCACGCUCUCUUACCCCCUCUGCUCGCCCCUGUUUUCCCAACUCACGCCUAUACUCACUCUCUCCCCCCCUGCUCACUCUCUUCCCCCCCUGCUCACUCUCUUUCCCCUUGCUCACUCUCUUUCCCCCCUUCUCACUCUCUUUCCCCCUUCACGCUCUCUUUCCCUCCCUUCCGCCCGUUGCCCCCCUUCGUCUCGCGCUCGUCCCCUCGCAAUCCCCGUCUCUCUCUCCCCCCGUCGCCCUCGUUUUCCCCGUCGCCCUCCCUUCCACUCCUCGUUGCCCUCGCCAUCCCUCCCUUCUCCCUUCCCAUCUCGCACACUUGUCACGCCCCCUUUCCAACCCGCACAUACACCCUUCCCUUCUUCCCUGUUUCCUCGUAUCCCCUGCGCUGCUUCCCCCCAUCCUCCGACUUGCUCCCCCCAUCCCCUUCCCUGCUUCCCCCCAACCCCUUCCCUGCUCCCCCCCAUCCCCUUACCUGCUUUCCCCCUUCCCCUUCCCUGCUUCCCCCCGUCCCCUUCCCUCCUUCCCCCGUCCCCCUCCCAGCAUCCCCCCAUCCGCUUCCCUGCUCACCCCCAUCCCCUUCCCUGCUCCCCCCCAUCCCCUUCCCUGCUUCCCCCUAUCUCCUUCCCUGCUUCCCCCUAUCGCAUUCCCUGCUCACCCCUGCUCCCUCUGUUUCACCCUUGCUCCCUCUGUUUCACCCUUGCUCCCUCCCCUUCUUCUCUGCUCACUCUCUUCCCCCUUGCUCACUCUCUUUACUUCUGCUCACUCUGUUCCCCCCUGCUUCCUCUCUUCCCCUCUGUUCAAUCUGUCCCCCGCUGCUUCUUCUCUUCCCCUCUGCUCAUUCCGUUUACUAAAGGGGUGGGGCGGAAUGGAGUGGGGCAAAAAGGGGUGGGGCGGAAUGGGGUGGGGCGGGGCGGAAUGGGGUGAGGCGGAUUGGGGAGAUGAGGGGGAUGAGGAGAUGAGGGAUGGGGAGGUGUUGGAUGGGGAGGAGAGGGCUGGGGAGGAGAGGGAUGGGGAGGUGAGGGAUGAGGAGGUGAGGGAUGGGGAGAUGAGGGAAGGGGAGAUGAGGAAUGGGGAGAUGAGGGAAGGGGAGAUGAGGAAUGGGGAGAUGAGGGAAGGGGUAAUGAAUGAACGUGUAUGCGACGGAAGGGUGCUGCUGACCACGCACCCUCCCACACCCCACGCGAUGGGAAGGGAUGAGAGGGUGGGCGGCAUGGGUAGAGAAGCGAUGGUGAAGAGGGGGAACGUGAUGGGCAGGGGAGUGAUGACGACGUGGAGAGAGGAGGAGAGAAGGGAGGUCGGCGGGAAGGCUAAGCGAGGACGAUGGUGGCGGUGGGCGACGGUGGCGGUGGGCGACGGUGGGGAGAAGCGUGGGCGACGGUGGGGGGAAGCGUGGGCGACAGUGGGGGGAAGCGUGGGCGACGGUGGGGGGAAGCGUGGGCGACGGUGGGGGGAAGCGGGGGCGACGGUGGGGGGAAGCGUGGGCGACGGUGGAGGGAAGCGUGGGCGACGGUGGGGGGAAGCGUGGGUGACGGUGGGGGGAAGCGUGGGCGACGGUGGGGGGAAGCGUGGGCGACGGAGCAAGAUAUUGGAGCUGCGCGCGGAGAGCCAGGUGCAGAGUGUUGGAGUAAAAUUACACAGCCUCUCACACGUGGCAUCAAGGGUGGACACAGAGCGGGCGUCCCUGCACCACAUGCUGCACACCGCGCAGCACCUGCUGCACCACAGCGACCUGGCAGUGCGCUCCUUCUCCCUCCUCCGCUCGCGGUUCCCCCACCUCCCUGGAGCAGACUCGCUGGCACCAGGGCAAGCGGACAUCUACCGGGGCGUGCCGUGCCUGCCGUCGCCCUUCCUCAUCGACACAGUCGCUCGCUUUGAAGUUAAAGUAACAGAGUACCGCCACAAGCUCACCGAGCUCCAGGCAGCCAUCGAACCAGCCCUGGCAGACUCCAGGUUCGGCGUCGGGUACUCCCGAGCCGCGUCGGCAGCUUCGGCGGCAGCAGCGGUUGAGGCUCUCCCUGUGAUUAUAAAGAAUCUGCAUGAUUUUUUCAUACAUGUAGCAGCUCAGGUGGAGAGGGUACAUGAGAGGGUGGAUGCGGCAAGGAAUGCGUUUCUGGCGGAGAGGCGGAGGAGGGGCGACCGGAGUAAUCCGUUUGCAGAGGCAGACCGGAUUGAGGCUGCUGCUACUGCCAGUAAGAAACCCUCCCUGCUCGGCUCUGCUGCUGGCGUUGGUACUGGUGCUGCUGGUGGUGCUGCCGGUGCUCCUGGUGCAGGAGGUACAGGCAGUGGGAUUCUUUCCUCUCCGCUCUCCCUCCUUCCCGGAACCACCACUCCCGGCGCCUCCCCAAACCCUACCGGGCUCUUCCCCUCCUCCACCUCCACCACACCAUCCCUCUUCGGUUCCACCACCCCAGCCACCGCCACCACCCCUGGUCUCUCCCUCUUCGGUACCCCCCCUGCCUCUGCUGUAGCAGGCAGCUCCCCAGGCACCUCUCUCUUUGGCACCCCCACCCCAUCUCUCUUCGGCAGUGCCACUCCUGGUGCCGCUGCUGCUGCAGCAUCCACCCCUGCUCUCUCGUUCGGCAACCCUGCCACUCCUGCCACUGGAACCACGUCUCUCUUCGGCGCUCCGAACCCGGCAGCAGCAGGCUCGUCCCCCGGCUCCUCUCUCUUUGGGAACACCUCGGCUUUCGGCGCCGGCGCAUCUGCCUUUGGAGCAACCCCAGGAGCAGCAGGAGCGGCCGCAAGCACCCCGUCGCUGUUUGGGUCCCCGGCUGGUCCCACAACCGGGGGUCUGUUCGGAGCAACGCCAGCAGCAGCGUCGCCUUUCGGUGCUCCCGCUGCUUCGCCGUUCGGUGCUGCUGGGGGACCCUCGCCGUCGCCGUUUGGAGCAGCGGCGUCGGCUCCUGGCACAUCGCUGUUUGGUGCUCCUGCUGGGGGUGCGGCAGCUGGAUCUGGCGGCUUGUUUGACCACUACCCGUUCAAAGUCGCGGGGCUCCUCCAGAAGACGCUAAGAGGACACUAA